CGGGGAUGAGCGAGAGGGGGCAGGGCAUUAGGCUGUUCUCUUGCGAGGAGGAACUGAGUGCUAUUUUUGAGGAGUGGGAUCCGGAGGAGGACGAGGAGGACGAGGACGAGGAAGAGGACGAGGAAGCUACGCCCAGCGCGGAGAGUUCGCCAUCCCGCUCCCCCGCUAUGUUAGCGCAAAGAGAAGAGAAAGAGCGCAAGAAAGAGGAGGGCAAAGACAUCAUCACCUCGCAGCUCCGGCACUUCAUCGUGCAGCCUUAUAUCCACCCACCACUGCUCCUCUACCCUCCAUCAACAGGCCCAGACGCCGGCUCUGGCGACGCAACGCAAGCACUCCGCAAAUUCCACAUCCGGACUUACGUCCUCGCCGUCGACGCGCUGAAAAUAUAUGUCUACAAACCUAUGCUCGCACUGUUCGCUGCGCGGCCGUAUGUGCCGCCCUGGGGCGCCGAUUUACAGGACGACAUGGAAGAAGCUAUGAAAGGGCACCUAACAAACACAUGUCUUCAAGAGAGCAACGAGCGCGAGGGAAGCGUGGGAUUGUUUUGGGAACUUCCGCAUACCAUACCGCCCCAGACGUCCUCGGACUCCAUCGAGCAAACCGCCCGCGUCUCCGCAGACGAAAAGUGGAAAGACACCAUUUUCAAACAGAUCUGCGCCGUGACAGGCGAAGUGUUCGAAGCCGCCGCCCGCUCAAUGUCAAUACACUUCCAGCCGCUUCCCAACGCCUUCGAGCUCUUUGGGCUGGAUUUCAUGGUCUCGGUUGAACGGGAUGGGGAGCUGAGGGCGUGGUUGUUAGAGGUUAACGCAUUUCCGGAUUUUCGGCAAACGGGAGAUGAACUCAAGGAUUUAGUGGGACGGCUAUUUGAGGGAGUUGUAGAUAAAGCGGUGGCGCCGUUCUUCGGGCUGGAUGGUGGGAAAGAAGGUGGGGAAGGGGAGUUGGUUCAAGUGCUGGAUAUCGAUUUGGGACGGCGGUGAGAAGGGGGAGAGUUAGGAUAGAUUGGAUUGGUCGGUCACUCCGUUUUACGAGGCGGAGUGAAGCGCAGAGAACUGUUCUGCUCAGUGACCAGGAAAGACAGAUGAACGGCUAACGGUGCAUACAAGGCGCCUUCUAAAAGGCCAUGUCAUCAAUCUAACAAUG